AUCGUAAUACAAGGACCGGCAAGAUUUCGCGAGCGUUUAUAUUGUUCUUAUUGCGACAAUCUCUUGCAAUAAACUGCGCACGUUUUUCUUUUUUUUUUUACGAACUUAAAAUUUUGCAGCUUUUAUUUCAGCUCGAGAGUCAGGUUUGCGACUCGAAGCCUUGGCGAGCGAGACUUUUUAUUUCGUUCCGUCCCGCGAGCAGCGAAUCUUUUUCAUCUUUCAGAUCUUAUCGAUCGGGUAACGACGACACGUUGACACCUGGACGCACGUAGUUCCGCUGGCCGCUGGCUUCCAAUAGAGGACGCUGUGGUCACCGCUAGGCGGGGAAAGGGUCGGGAAAGGUUCGCGAGAAUUUCGCACGCUCGUACUUCGUAGUGUUCGGAUUCCCGGAUUGCGGAAGAUGUAAAAGUCGCGAAGGGUUUACGAGCGAUACAGCGCGCGGGGCUCGCCGCGGCGGCCUUCCGGAUCCCUUUUAGGUUAGGAUCGUCAGGUCCGUUCCGGAACGCGUCGGUGCCACACACACGCGCGCGCGGUGCAGCGACAACGUGCCGCAGUGGGGCCGAAGCGCGGCGAUUCUCCGAUCUCUAUCUCUCUUCUCUCCCCCCCUCCUGCUCUUUCGCGAGGAGAAACCCGACCUUGGCGGAUAGGAGAGCCUUGUGUGCUUAUCGGCGCCUCCCGUCUCCGCGUUACGCGACGUUUCGCAUCACUGUGCAAUCGCGACGAUGGCCGCCUGGGACGGCUCGUACCCGGAGGACCUCAAUUACCUGGUGUACGCCGACCGGAACGCAGGCGGCGCCGCCACGGGCGAUUGGCAGUACUUGGCCAGGAACAGCGCGUACCUGAGCGACCUGGCGCCCGCGGGUGGCUACUAUCCGGCGACCGGGGGCGGUCGGCACGUCUACGAGCGCAGCAGGCCGUCGCCGGCCUUACAGAUCGACGCCCAACACCCGUCGAGCAUGGUGCCUUUGGAGAACAGCGCCUACCGGGACCGCGUACUGCCAGACGCCACGUCCGCGGACGUAGCCGCGACGUCGCGCAACCCGCCGCCCUUCCCCCGCGGUGGCUACAAACCGUCGAGGUCCAGGGGCAACCGGACGGCCGGCAAGCACGCGGCCGCCGACGUCGUCCAGUCCGCCGUGGUGGAGAACUCCAAUCUGCAUCCCACGGCCAGUGAAUUUGUGCCAAACAGCCAGGCCGGGUUCAGAAGGGACGCCAGAUUCCGGCGGUACGAUAACGGCAACGGCAACGCGGCCGGGAGCGGCUUCAACGUCGGCGCGCAGGAAUUCAGGCCGAAGCCGGCCGACAAGCCGUCCUCGUCGGACAACAGGUACAAGGGCGAGAGGCAGCGCUACGACGGCAGGAGGGACGCGGGCUACAGGCAGAAGAGACUGCAGGACCCCCAGGUCUCGCAACCGCCGAGAUCUGGCUAUAGGGACACCCAGAGGACGUAUAACGCGAGGGGCUACAGCAAGUUUCAGAACGGCAGAUAUUACAAUAGGAAACAUCAGUCGGACGUGGAGCAGAAUGCCGGGGAAGCCUACGCAUCUACGACCGAAGCUGAUUCAGCCACGUCUGACGGUCAAGAGAGUAGAGCUGUCGCCGGGGAGAUUCAACAGGACACCUUGUUUUUGGGGAUAAAAACCGGUAGAGGCAGAGAGGAGACGUCGACGUACGAGGAUAACGAUUCGGAGAUGUCCUCGAAAAGUCUCGAGGCACAACGAAACGAUAGACCUAAGCGAUUCGCCAACGCGUCCAAUUAUCACAGAUACAAUUCGGAAGAUGUGCAAUCCGAAUCCAGCGCCAGGUGGCCAAAGUACGCGCAAAGGAGGAACAAUGAACCGACAAAUCACAGGGACAGGAAGGUGGAAAAUUGGCGAAAGAGGAUGGAGAGUAACGAAGCACCGCAGGGGAAAAAUCCAAGGAAGAAAUAUGAUAACGAUGACGAUGCCAGUCAAAGGGAAAGACUGACCGAACAGCUGAAUAAGGGAACGUUGGAAUGUCUGGUCUGUUACGAGCACAUCAAACAGAGCGACUACGUUUGGUCCUGCAACAAUUGCUAUCACGUGUUGCAUCUGAGGUGCAUCAAAAAAUGGGCAAAGUCGUCUCAGGGCGAGAACAACAGCUGGAAGUGCCCGGCUUGUCGGGACGUCAGUUUCUUCGUGCCCGAGGAUUACUUGUGCUUCUGCGGUAAGAUGAGGAUGCCCGAGUGGAAUCGCAGGGACGUGGCGCACUCGUGCGGCGAGACCUGCGGCCGGCUACUGUCCAAGAAGAAUUGCACGCACAAAUGCACCCUGCUCUGCCAUCCCGGCUCCUGCCCGCAGUGCGUGGCGAUGGUGACCAAGUACUGCGGAUGCGGGAGAACGUCGAAGAUGCAUUUGUGUAGCGCCCAUCAAUUGCUAAUGUGCGAUUCGAUAUGCGGCAAGGAUUUGCCGUGUGGCAAGCACACCUGCCAGAGGAAGUGCCAUCAGGGGGAGUGCGGGCCUUGCGACAAGAUUGUGCAGCAAACAUGUUUUUGUAGUAAGAAAACUCAGGAGGUACCCUGCCGAGCCAAUACCGCGGAUACAUAUUCCUGUGAUAAUAUUUGUAACAAACCGUUGGAUUGCGGGAAACAUUACUGUCGGAAAGUCUGUCAUCCGGAGUGCUGCGAGCUCUGUUCCUUGACGCCUGAAAGAGUUACGAUGUGCUGUUGCGGACAAACACCGUUGACGGAGAAGAGGGAGAGCUGCACGGAUCCUGUGCCGACCUGCGAGAAAAUCUGCUCGAAGCGCUUGAAAUGCGGCCAGCCUAGUAAUCCGCACACCUGCAAGGCACCGUGUCACAUGGGAGAAUGUCCGGAAUGUGACUUGAAUACCGACGUCAAGUGCCGAUGCGGUAACAUGGACCGCGAGAUCGCUUGCAGGGAUUUGACGACCAAGGCCGACGAUGCGCGCUGCGAGAAACGCUGCAAGAAGAAGAGAUCCUGCGGCAAGCACAACUGCAAUCAGCUGUGCUGCAUCGACAUCGAACACAUCUGUCCACUGCCGUGUUCGAAGAACUUGAGCUGCGGUCGGCACAAGUGCCAGGAGCGAUGUCAUAUGGGAAGAUGUUCGCCUUGCUGGGAGAGCAGCUUCGAGGAACUGUACUGCGAGUGCGGCGCCGAGGUGAUUUAUCCGCCAGUUCCGUGCGGCACAAGGAGACCCACUUGCAACCGACCAUGCUCGCGCGAACAUAUCUGCGACCACGAGGUGCUGCACAAUUGUCACAGCGAGCCUACGUGUCCACCUUGCAGUGUCCUGACUCAGAGAUGGUGUCACGGCAAACACGAACUCAGGAAGGCAGUGCCGUGCCACGUGAAAGAAAUCUCGUGCGGUCUACCGUGCAACAAACCGUUGACGUGUGGACGGCAUAAAUGCAUCACCAUGUGCCACGCCGGGCCCUGCGAGAGACCGGGACAGCAAUGCAUGCAGCCUUGCACUACGACGAGAGAGCUGUGCGGACAUAUCUGCGCCGCUCCGUGCCACGAAGGCAAGUGCCCAGAUGCGCCUUGCAAAGAGAUGGUCAAGGUCACAUGCCAGUGUGGACAUAGGACCAUGAGUCGUGUCUGUGCGGAUAAUGCGCGGGAAUAUCAGAGGAUAGCCAGCAACAUAUUGGCUAGUAAGAUGGCCGAUAUGCAGCUCGGUCAUUCCGUCGAUUUGGAAGAAGUGUUCGGGCAAGGCGCGAAAAAGCAGAAUCAGUUGAAGACUUUGGAAUGCAACGACGAGUGCAAGAUAAUAGAAAGAAACCGAAGGCUCGCAUUGGGACUGCAGAUCGUCAAUCCAGACUUGAGUGGCAAACUGAUGCCCAGAUACAGCGAUUACAUGAAACAGUGGGCCAAGAAGGAUUCGCACUUCUGCCAGAUGAUCCACGACAAGUUGACGGAAUUGGUGCAGCUGGCAAAGACAUCCAAACAAAAGUCCCGGAGUUACUCGUUUGACAUUAUGAACAGGGAAAAGCGUCACUUCGUGCACGAGUCGUGUCAGCAUUUUGGCUGCGAGAGUCAAGCGUACGAUGAGGAGCCAAAGAGAAAUGUCGUUGCCACUGCCGUAAAAGAUAAGUGUUGGCUACCAAGCUACAGUUUACUAGAAAUGAUACAAAGGGAGAAAGGACAAAGAAAGGUUCCAGGCCCGGUACUUAACGCUUCGAAGGGAAAUAAUUCUACAAAGACUGUUCUUUCAUUACCUGUAAAACAGAAUCAGCAAUCGCUGCCAUCAUCGUCAACUCCUAAAACUGCUGACAAAGAAAUAGAUUAUUUUGACUAUCGAGGAUAAAUCAGCAAGUCGUCAGUAAUAUACAGGGUGUCUGAUGCAAGAGGACCUCUACGAAAAAUGGUACAUGACUUAUCUUCUUAAUCUAACUCGGUCUAAUAAUCUACCACAAUUUUUUCGAAGGGGUCUUUUUGUGUCAGACACCCUGUAUAAAGGACAACGCGAAUUAUACAAUGUAUAUAAUCAUAAAUGGGGCUUAAAAAUGGGUACAAUUAUAAUUAUACAAUUAAUACUGAGACAGUCAUAAAAUUUUUAAGUGCUCCGACAGUUCGAAUUUCAGAUCAAACUUUAAUUAAUCUUUCGAGCUUGAAGGUAUUUGAGUUGAAUUGAAUUGUUGGAUCUAUUAGACCUGAGUACCUAUCAUGGAAAUGUUCGGAAUGAAUUCCGAUCGGGAUUAUUCCGUUUCCCUGAGAAAACACAAUAAAAAUCUAGGAAAUAAUUGAACAAUUCCGAACAUUUCCAUGACAGGUACUCUGAUUUCUGAGAGGGAAAACUGUUUAUUUUCUGUUUUGCACCAUAUAAUAAUGAUUUCAUUCAAAUUUUCUUCUAUAUUGGAACUAUUCGGAUAUAGAAAUGUUCGAUUAAAACGAAUAGAUCGAAGAUUCGUUUCUUUUUGAACUAUUCGAAUAGUUUGAUCGCACAAUUUAUUAUUGCAAUCUUUUCCUUAAUUUCUUUCCAAUUGUGUAAAUUUUCAAUUGUGUAAUUAAGGCAUACUUAACUAAAUUUCAAGCAAAACUCUAAUAGUAACAAUAUAACAAUAGUCUUUAUUGCGUUUGCAAAAGAUUUUGAUAGAUUAAUCAUAUAUUAACAAGAAGUGUCAUCAUUCAUAUGUCAUGAUAAUGAACAUUUUAUUGUAAUUUAGAAUUUGUUUGCAAUAUGUUUUGUUAAAAUAGAUACACGAAGAUGGCAUGCAAACAUGUAAUAAUAAAAUCGAAUUAUCAAGAUAAA